AUGAACAUUUUAGCUAGUUCAAAUAAAAUUUCUUUUACGAAUGAAAAUUUAUCGAUAAAUAACGCGUCAAAUACAUGUGGAAUAAAAAUUGGAAUUAACAAAAAGGAUUAUGAUUUUUAUAUUAGUCAACUGAAUGAUAAGAACGCAAAUGUAUUAAGUAAAAAUAAAUAUAAACAUAUGAAAAGAGAAAAUAGUACUAUUAAAAAUAUAAAAUGUGAUGAGGAUUAUUGUGAAAUGAACAAUGUAGAUGCAAAUAGUAUUGAAAUGGAAUAUUACGAUGAUGCAGACUUCAAUAAUAAUAAAGCACUUAAAACGAUUACUAGUAGAAUGGAUAGCAAUCUAACGAGCACUGAAGGUAUGCUUGCCAGAAGUAAUGAUAAUAACAUGGUGUACGUGAACGAAGAAGAUAAGAAAUGUUUAGUGAACAAGCUGGAUAAGAAAUGUUCACUGAACGAAGAAGAUAAGAAAUGUUCACUGAACGAAGAAGAUAAGACAUGUUCAGUAAACGAAGAAGUGGAACUAAGUAGCCAUAGAAAUUUCAAUCCAAAUUUUGAGUUUGAUGAUAUUAUAAACCCAUCAGAUAAAACCAUCUAUGUUGAAAAUUUAGAUCAUCAUGCUAUAUUUCAGAAAAAUGGAGAAGAUAAUACUUACCACCUCAGUGACGCUUAUGAACUAUCUUCUACAUUAAACUGUUGUGAAAUUGUGAAUCCAACUAAAAAUAAUAACUACAUUGGAAGCAGUAGUAAUCGAACAAACGAUACAGAAUAUGAAAAAACUAUCGAAAUGAAUAAUCCUAGUGGAAGUAUCAGCGCUAUGAGCUCUGUCAUCCCAAAUGCCACAGUACCGUUUAAUCAAAACAUAACUGACUACGAAACAAAUAAAUUAGUGGAAAGUGUAAAUCCUGAUUUUGAAAAGUUGAUAUACUGGAAUAAUCCAGAACGGGUUAAUAAUACAUAUAGUCUUUUAGAUAACACACAACUAACCAAUAAAUUAAGCACCUUUUGUAAUAAAAUUACGAAUAGAGAAGAAUUAAUAACAGGUGGAGGUGACACAUUCUCUUCUCCAAAUGGAAUAUCACACGGACAAAAUGGUGAAACUGAAAGCGAAUUCAAAUCAGAUGAGAAUUCUGACGUUGGUUUGUUAUCUAAUACGCAUCUGUAUGAAGAAAAAGGAAAAUACAAAAAUAAUAUAUCAGGUGUAAAAUUACCAAGAGAUGGUAAUGCAUGUGUGAGUGAAAAUUCAUAUGUUGAUAAAACCGAAGGAGAAGAAACAUUUAGAGAAGUUUGUGACAUAACAAAUCAGGUAAAGGAAAAAACUAUGAGAAAGAGGAAAAGAGAAAUAGAGGAAAAGGUGUUAAGUGAUUCAAAAAAUAAAAAAUUUAUUUAUGAGAAAAAAGAAAAUCUAUGUUACGACAUAAAUAAUGAUUAUUACCAUCCAUAUGGAGAGAAGCACAAUGACGUCACGAAUGAGUGUGUAGACAGCUGCGACCAGAAUAAGAAGGAUUGUAAUGCUAGCAACACCAAUAGAAGCACCGAUAGCUACACCAGUAGUAGCAACAUCAGUAGUAGCAACACCGGUAGUAGCAACACCAGUAGUAGCAACACCGGUAGUAGCAGUAGCAGAAGCAGCAGUAGCAAAACCGUUUAUCCAAAUGGAGAAUUAUUAUCAUCGCCACCAUCCUGUGCGGCGAAUAAUAGCGAAGUUUGUGAAAUGAAGGAAGAAAAAAAACAGUGUGUUACAAAUCUGAACGAGCAGCAUGAAAAAGAUGAUGACGUGUAUAAUACUACUCUCAUAACACCGAAUAAAAAGGUGAAAAAGCGAGUAGGAAGGAAAAGCAAAAGUGAUUCAAACAAAUAUGGAGAAUCGGACAGGUAUAUGAAAGGAAGAAGAGAAGGAAGCUAUUUGAAUUCCAUUCAUGAAUUUGAUAUUGAUAGUGGUACAUACGAAAAUGAAAUUGAUGAUGAAUCCAAUCUUGAGAAAAAGAAAUAUAUGGAUAAUGGAGAAAAUGUAAAUAUGAACAAUCAAGAGUUAACAAAUAAUAAUAGAAUAUCCAAGGAAAAUAUUAAUGUAACCUAUGCAAGGAGACCCUUAAGAAAUGCUGCUAAAAAAUGUAUUACAUUAUGGUCAGAAGAAUUAAAAAAGAAAAGUGAAAAACACAGUGUUGCAACUGAGAGGACGAAGAAUUUGAAUGAUCAAAGAAAGGAAGAGAAAAUCUUGAAAAAAAAAGAAAAGGAGAAAGUAAUAAAAAAUGUGUCUAAAGCGAGCAUCCGUCAUGGAUGGGCCAUGGCAUUGGGGGAUCGUAAAGUGUGCGAUAAGAAUGAAUUGAAAGGUGAUUUGAGGGUUCUCGAGGAGGAGAGGGAAGAAGACAGAGUAGAAGAAAUGGGAGAAGUGGACGAUGUGAAAGAUGUGAAAGAAGCAAAGGAAGCGGAAGGAGCGAAAGAGGCGAAGGAAGCGAAAGAGGUGAAGGAAGCGAAAGAGGCGAAGGAAGCGAAAGAGGCGAAGGAAGCGAAAGAGGCGAAAGGAGAACCUCACAAAAGAGCAAGGGGACGACCAGUUCAACAUAAAAUUAGCAGUAACGAUUCCAAGAGCCGAGAAAGGAUCGAAAGAAGCGAAAUGUGCAAAGGUGGUGAACCCGAAUUGAACCAGCAAUAUAAUGAUGCACAUGAGGAAAGAACUAAAGGAGGAAGAAAGAAAAACGAUUUUCUUUUUUUAGAAAAGGAAAUUAAUAAUAUUCCAAUUUUAUUUAAUGAUUCAAUGGAUGAGAGAGAAAUGUUUAAGUAUCUUGAUUUGUUAAGGCAUUUGCCAAGUAAAAAAGGAGGAGCACAAUAUAAAUUACACAAAGCUAUAUUAACAGAAGAAAUGGUUAGAAGAGCCAAGAAAUUCCCAUUAGUUCAAGGGGUAUAUUUUGAUAGAUAUCAACAAAGAUGGAGUGUUAAUUGGAAUGAAGAUGGAAAAAGAGUUGCAAAAUAUUUUCCAAUUAAACUUUUUGGUUUUGAUUAUGCACGAAGAUUGGCCAUUUAUUGCAAAAAUUAUCAGAAAAUUCCUGAGGAAGCAUUAUUAUUUGAACAAGCGUACAGAGCCAAUCAGCAGAACAGCAAACAUAGAAAUGGAAAUAUGGAAAAUGGUAGUGAAAGUGCCGGCACAAGUAUCAAUGGAAAGUUAAAAAAAGGAUCCAAGAAAACUUACAUAAGGAAGAAUAAUCGAAAACAAGAGGAUUCAAGUGACAACAAAUAUACUAGUACCAUUUAUGAAAAAGGAAGAAAAAAUAUGAACAAUAUUCAAAAUUCUGAUAUGAACAACAUGAAGAAUGAAGAUCAGAGGAAUAAUAAUGAAAGCACGCAUCUUAUCUCAGAACAUGGAUUACCAUAUAGUAACCAUUUUGUGAAUAAUAAUUAUUCUUGCACUUAUAGUUGUGACGAAAAGAAAGACAAAAAUUGUAGCAAUAACAGUAUGCAUAAAACUAUUGAUAAUUCUAUCGAUCAGAUAAGUUACAAGGAAAAUGAGAAGAAUGGUUAUCCAAAUGGACGACAAGCACUCCUGCACCCCUUCCCAUUUAACCAUCUACAGAUUUCUGAAAGUGUAUGCGAAAAAAAUGUGUGCGAAAAAAAUGUAUGCGAAAAAAAUGUGUGCGAAAAAAAUGUAAGCGAGAAAAAUGUAAGCGAGAAAUAUGCUAAUAAAUUAAAAAAGCUAUGGGGAAAUUUAGAAAACAUGAAUGCAAUUGAUGCAUCAAAUGCAAAAUCGUUAAACAAACAGUAUGUGCAAGGAUAUCUUUUUGAAGGGGAUUCCUUAUUGUGUGAUCUCAAGGAUGGUAAUAAUGAAAUUUUAAAUAAUACUCCUUUUGGAAAUGCCAUUAAUACCUUAAUUCAAGAGAAAAAUAACAAUAGCACUGUUACCUCGAAGGAAGAGCAUAUUAAAAAUGCAGGCAUCGAUUUUGGAGGAGUAGAAUUCACAAAUUUCGAUGGUAUGAAGCUGAUGCAACAGAGGAUGCAGAUGCUAGAGCAUGAAAGGGAAAGAAAAGCAAAUUCAAACACUUCCAUGAUGUUUGGAAGCACCGGUCUUGGUUUUCCGUUUACAAAUUCAAGCAAUUUAAUGGGACGAUUCGGUGCUGACGACUCGCAGCAGUAUGGAGAGAUGAAGCAUAGUAUGAGUAGCUUCCCCAGUAUAAAUGAUGUAAAUAAUGGUAAUGAGUUUCUCUCUUCGAACCGCUUGAAUGGCCUUAACUAUGGUACUCGAGAGGGAGAGAAGUUUAGAGAAUCUGGAAACAGCAGUGGUACGACCCACGGUAGCAAUGGCAUCAGCAUCAACAAUAGUGCCAUCAACAAUAGCAACAGAGAAGAAGAAUUAUGUAACACACUGUUGAAUGAUUUAUCUGAAGAAAAUGAUGAAAAAUCAAAAAAGAGGAAAAAAAAAAGGAAAUCAAAAAAUAAUAAUUUAGUGUGCACCUCAACAGGAACGUCUUCUUUGAAAUCCUCUGCUUCGCACAUUUCGUCAACUUCAUCAUGUUAUAAGAAUAUGGAAAAUUUGCUAUCAUCUAAUGGGACCUACUGUGAUAUGAGAGACUCCAUAAAAUGUAGAAGGGCAGAUGAUAAUACACUUGCAAUAUAUAAUGAUGAAGGGAAUAGCUAUCACCCAAUAAUUCAUGACUCUAAGAACGUGGAUGUGUCUCAUAUGGAAGGGAUUCAUGAAGAUCACUUCAGUAAGAUAAACAUAAUGAUGAAUAAAUCAGAAGGGAAUAUCGACAGGUACUAUUUGCAUAGGUGCAAUGAUCCAAGGAAGGAAGAGAAAAACGAGGAGGUAGCACACGGAGCAGAAGAAGACACAGCGUAUGACGUGGCAGAGGACGCAGCAGAAGAAGAGGGAGAAACAAAACAAAAAGGCGAAAGAGAGUACAAAGAGGAAAUAAGAAGCCUGUUUGAGAAUGUCACAAAUGGAAAAAUAAUCAACCACAACAUUAUGAAAUACCCAAUGAAAAAAAAUAUUUUGGGAUUAACAAUAAAAAAACAGGUUUCUAAGGAAGAGGAGAAGGACGUGGAUGUAAGUGGAGAUUCAAACCAUGCUAAUGAUGAUGAUGAGCCAAAUGAAUGUGAAGACAAAGGUGAAUAUAAAAUAUACGCACAUAAGAUAUUCAAAAAAAAGAUAGAAAAUUUUGAGAGUGUUGAAUUAGGAAAAAAAGGAAAAAGUACCGAUAAGGACUACACCAAAUUGGAAGACAUGCUAAACAUAAAUAAAUAUAGCGAGAUUGUGAACAACUUAGAAAAUUAUAACAUGAUUAGAAAAAUGAGGGAAAUGAAAAUAAAAGAUGAGAUUAGUGGAAACCAUAGAGGAGACAGAAGUAGGAUAAUUGCAAAGAAAGAAGGCACAGACUCAGGAAUUAUAAAUAACGAAAACAUGAACAACGAGAUGGUAAAUGGAGAAAAAGGUAGCAUGGAGAUAGAGGGCAUUAAAAAACAAAAUGAAGAAAAUAAUGCAGAUGAUAUUGAUGAAAGGAUAGUAGGAGUGCAUUAUGACAGAAAACAGUACAGAUGGAAAGCGACGUGGUAUACAUCACAUGGAAGGAGAUGUGCAAAAUAUUAUCCCAUAAAACAGUAUGGAUAUUUAGAAGCGAAAAAAAUGGCCAUAGAAUGUAGAAGAGCAUAUAAUUCCUACAAGAAAUUAAAAAAGAAUCCAGAAACUACAUUUGAUAGUAAUGAUGUAAAUUUUGAGAGUACAAUAUUCCCGAAGGAGUACUAUAUAACCCUUUUUGAAAAUGACGAAAAGAAAGAUAGCUAUUUCUGGAAUCAUAAAAAAAGUAAGAAAAGUAAUAAAAAAAUACCAUCGUUAGAUAAUAAUGAAAAACAGAGAAGACAUUAUAAUGAAGCUUUGAAAAAAAUUACCAAUAUUAAAUAUAAAGAAUUCACUAAUUUAAAUGAAUAUAUGCUUUUACGUGGAAAAAAUGAAAACGCUGCAUUCGCAAAUCCGUCUAUCAAUUUGAUGGAAGAUCCUGAGGAGGAACAAGAGGAGGAUGAGGAGUUCAGAGAGGGUGGGGAGACACAUCAGCAGGAGAAGCAGAGGGAGCAGGAGAAGCAGCGGGAGCAGGAGAAGCAGAGGGAGCAGGAGAAGCAGCGGGAGCAGGAGAAGCAACAUCGUCAGAAUUGUGCAAACAUGUUUACAGCACCAACGCAAGAAUAUUCUGGUGCACAAUCAACAGCAGGAAUGGCAGGAAAUUUCCUGUCAACCGGUACCACUACUCCUGCAGAAGGUACUCCAACUAUUGAUGCUUUUGAUCACACUAUACCAUCAGCUAUUACUGGAUCAAUGGUAGACACUGUUGGAACCAUCAAUAUAAAGAGUGUUGCAAAUAUUGGAUCAAGCGUAUAUAAUAAACAGAAAAUGGAAUGGAGCUCAAUGCCAGAUGUAUAUGACCAAGAGGAAACUUGUCAAAACGUGUGUUGCAAUACAGUGAUAGGUGGUGAAGAAUACAACAUAACAAACGAUACUUGUGCAUCACAAAAUGUUUCAUCCCUUCUUUCGUUAUAUUACCUAUCAGAAAAUAUUCUCAAGUUCCAAAAAGGAACAAUUAAAUGCAUAUUGCAAGAUUUACGAGACAAUUGCUUAUCCAAUUUGGCAUACAAUCUUAAAAAUAUAACUUUCCAGGAAUAUUACAUGGCUAUUCAUUAUUUAAAUAGGUAUGUAGAGGAUUCCAACUGCUAUGAUGAUAUAUUUUUUUUGCUUAAAAUUUUAGCCAAGAAUUUGGAAAUAAGAAAAAUACCUAGCUUGUAUAAUGAAGAAGAGCAGAAAGAGUUAUUGAACUCUUUGACUAUAAUUACGAAGCAGAUGAAAAAUGGUUACUCCUAUUUUUCUCCAGGUGCUGUGAAGAACCCCAGUGAAGGGGAGGCAGCAGUAGCAGCAGCGGCAUCUACACAAGGAGCUGAUCUAUUUUCAUCUGUCAUAUUCCAGUAG